UCCCGCGUGCUCUCCUGCUGUCCUCGCGCGGCCUUCGCUGUGGUCUCUGUGCGUCUUCAGUUAAAAUGCGGGUACGGGGCCUGGUCGUGUUGCUGGGCUCGGGGACAUGCCCAGGACUAGCUGCCCCUGUGCGGAGCUGCUCACUCCGGUGCUGCCCUCUGCACGGUUCCUGGGGGCUGGCGGCACUGCCGGGCCAAGGGGCUUGGCUGACGCCUCCGUCCUCUGUCUUCAGGGAAAUCCAGCUGCUGAGGAGGUUACGGCACAAAAACGUCAUCCAGCUGGUGGACGUGCUGUACAACGAGGAGAAGCAGAAGAUGUAUAUGGUGAUGGAGUACUGCGUGUGCGGCAUGCAGGAGAUGCUGGACAGCGUGCCCGAGAAGCGCUUCCCCGUGUGCCAGGCCCACGGGUACUUCUGCCAGCUGGUGGACGGCCUGGAGUACCUGCACAGCCAGGGCAUCGUGCACAAGGACAUCAAGCCCGGCAACCUGCUGCUCACCACGGGUGGCACGCUCAAGAUCUCCGACCUGGGCGUGGCCGAGGCCCUGCACCCGUUUGCCGAGGACGACACGUGCCGGACGAGCCAGGGUUCCCCCGCGUUCCAGCCGCCCGAGAUCGCCAAUGGCCUGGACACCUUCUCUGGCUUCAAGGUGGACAUCUGGUCAGCUGGGGUCACACUCUACAACAUCACGACAGGCCUGUACCCGUUCGAGGGGGACAAUAUCUACAAACUGUUUGAGAACAUCGGGAAGGGGGACUACACCAUCCCGGGGGAUUGCGGCCCCCCACUCUCAGACCUGCUCAAAGGGAUGCUGGAAUACGAGCCGGCCAAGCGGUUUUCCAUACAGCAGAUCCGGCAGCACAGCUGGUUCCGGAAGAAGCACCCGCCGGCCGAGGAGCCGGUGCCCAUCCCGCCGAGCGCGGACUGCAAGGACCGGUGGCGCGGCAUGACAGUGGUGCCCUACCUGGAGGACCUGCACGGCUGUGCCGACGCUGCGGAUGACGAGCUCUUCGACAUUGAGGACGACAUCAUCUACACUCAGGACUUCACGGUGCCCGGUCCCGGAGGAGGAGGCUGGGCGGAGCGCACAGAGCCGGGGCCCGCCCAAAGCCGUGUGUGUGAAUGGCACCGAGUCAGCCCAGUUGAGCGCCAGGUCGAGGGCGGAGCGCCGGGCCAGUGCCGCCUCCAACCCCGCCCGCAAGGCCUGCUCGGCCAGCAGCAAGAUUCGCCGGCUGUCAGCCUGCAAGCAGCAGUGAGGGUGGCCGCCUGCAGCCUGUCUCCAGGAGCCCCGGCCAGGUCCUGCUCAGUCUUCGCGCCGACUGCUGGCCUGCCGCCCACUGCCCAGGAAGGCGGCCGCUGCACCCUUCGUGCUGACUGCCCCUCCGGAAGCCGGAGGGUCCUGGAGGGCUGUGGUUGGGGGACAGCAGGGACUGGGGUCCGCCCUCCCCUGGUGGCCGGUGGACACGACCUCCUGCUGACUGCAAUCCUGUGCUGAGCCCCUUCCCCCCGCCGGGGGAGGAGGGAGUGGGCCCGGCGCGGCCCCACGCCAGCCCUCGCCAUGCACUUUACGUUGAGACUACUGGUUCUCGCCCGCCCCGACCCCUCUUUUUACUCUGCCGCUCAUUAGCGCCUCCCACACCUGGUGAUGUGUUCCCACCAACCACAGCCUCAGCGGGACGGGCAGGACAAGUGGGCCUGUCGACCGAGAUGCAUGCCCAGUGCCCAGGGGAGCCCGGCGGCUGCCUUGUUUUCAUUGUUUGGUUGGUUCUUUUUUCUUCUUUUUUAAGAAAAAAUAAAACAGGUGGAUUUGAG